AUGAGAUGCACGACGCGGUCCUCGAUGGAGUUACUGUGUUCCGCGCCGAGACCGACGCUGCUUGGAGUCAGAAUGAUGGACUUCCAAGUGACCGUCGCUCCUCCAGCCAAGCCUCGUGAGAAUCCCUUCAAAUCCAUCUUCCGUAGCAAGAGACAGGCUGGUCUCCCCUCCUUCUGCCAGUGCACUCCUCCUAGAGUGACUUGCCCACCUGGACCUCCUGGACCACCUGGACGACCUGGAGCACCAGGACAGCCAGGAGCACCAGGACAGCCUGGCAAUGACGCAACUACCACCUAUGCUCCAAUCAAUUGCCCAAGGCCGUAG